AUGAUCCUUAUUCCAACACUUAUAACCCCGGAUGGAGGAAUCAUCCAAAUUUCGGAUGGCGGAAUCAAUAGGGGCAAGGCAAUGCUCAAGGGUCUAAUCAAGCGGGUCCAAGCUUUCAAAGCGGGUCCAAGCUUCCAAAGCAACAAUAGGCCUCCACAACAACAAGGUCACUAUCAAGGAAACCCAAACCAUGGGAACAAUUACGGUGGUAGACCACAACAUCCUCCCAGUAGACCACAAGGGGGAUUGCCCUCUACUACGGAGAACAACCCAAGGGAGCACCUAAAAGCGAUAGAGCUUCGGAGUGGGCGGAACUUGGAAAAGGCCAAUGGCAAGAAACAUGUUGUAGAGGAGGAAGAGCCUCAAAUUGUGAUUGAUAUAGCAAGCUCAAGCCAAGAGCUACCAAAGGAGCGUGAGGAAGUGGCUAUCGAGGUUGAAGAGCCUUAUUUGCAAAUUAAUCUUAGCUUGGCGGAUGCACUACGUGAGAUUCCACAGUAUGCCAAGUUCUUGAAGGAUAUCAUCACCAACAAAAGAAGUUGGGAUAGUGGCGCAACGGUUCCCAUUCCGGAAGUGUGUAGCUCCAUUAUUUUGAAUGAUUUGCCGGCUAAGUUGAAGGACCCAGGGAGUUUUUCUAUACCUUGCACUAUAGGAAAUAUGAGUUCUAUAAAUUGCCUAUGUGAUAUUGGUGCUAGCAUUAAUCUUAUGCCUUUAACUCUUUUCAGGACACUUUGUGGAGACCAAACCGUGAAAAGCACCUCGAUGGUACUCCAACUAGCGGAUCAUUCGUUGAAAAGGCCGUUUGGGAUUGUUGAGGAUGUGCUUGUCAAGGUAGAUAAACUCAUCUUUCCGGUUGAUUUUGUUAUCUUGGACUAUGCGGUUGAUAAGGAGUGCCCAAUGAUCUUGGGGCGACCUUUCAUGAACACCGGAAGGGCUUUAAUUGAUGUGCAUGGUGGGAAAUUGACCUUGCAGAUUGAUGAAGAAACGGUUGUGUUUGAUAUGAAGAAGGGUAACGAGGGGUACCAUCGAGGAGGAGGAUUGCAUGAGGAUUUAUCAAAGAGGGUAGAAAUUUGUCCUCAACAAAUCUCUCAAGUUUCGUUUCAUUCCGGGGUUGCGGAUGAUGAAUACACCGAAGAGGAUGAACCUAAGCCGGAAAAUUUGAACAAGAGCAAUGGUGUGACUCCACCAUCUUCCGAGUUACCGCCAAUUGUUGAGAUGAAGCCUCUUCCGUCUCAUCUCCGGUAUACCUUUGUUGGAGAGAAUGAGACCUUGCCGAUAAUUAUCUCGAACAAGCUUUCCAAGGAUCAAGAGAGGAGGGUUGUGCAAGUAGUGAAAUAG